AUGGAAUCUGAAGGAUCGAAAAGAGGUAUUUUUCCCGUCCGUGGCUCCAUCUACACUCCCCACCUUACUCGUAGUGUGGAGGAAAUGUGGUCGUCUACUUCCAGCGUUAUACGCUUGACCGCGAAUAACACUCUGGGAAAGACGACCUUAGGUAAGCCAAAGGUACAAAAGGCUACGUGGUUUUGGAACGAGGAAGUUCAGGCGGCAAUUCGUGAGAAGAAGUCCAAGUAUAAGCUCUGGCGGAGGACGCGUCAGCCUGAAGAUCGGGGUGCUUACCUAGCGGCGAAGAGGGAGGCUAAGAAGGCAGUCUCCAAGGCGAAGUCGGACCGCUCCAAGGCUUUGUACGGCAUGUUUGAUACGAAGGAAGGCGUGCGGGCAGUGUAUCGUUUAGUCAAAGCGCGUCACCGCUCAACGUUGGAUAUGAAACGCACCAAGAUCGUUAAGGGAGCUGAUCGCAUCGUUCUGCGUCACUUUGGUCAGAUCCUGGAGAGGUGGCGAGAGUACUACAAUCACUUGUGUAACGAAGAAUUCUGUCGUCUUCCCGUCCCAAUGUUCCCAGCGUCGAUAGUCCUGUUCUACCAAUUACUGCCGUCGAAGUUAGUGCUGCCCUCGCAAAAAUGA